CGCACCGUCUCUCCCGGAAGUUACGUAGGAGUGUCAACAUGCAAGAUGGCGGCCCAUCACCGACAGAACACGGCUGGGCGGAGGAAAGUACAGGUUUCUUAUGUUAUUCGAGAUGAAGUGGAGAAGUACAAUCGGAACGGAGUCAACGCCCUGCAACUGGACCCAGCACUCAACAGACUCUUCACAGCUGGGCGAGACUCCAUCAUAAGAAUAUGGAGUGUCAAUCAGCACAAGCAAGAUCCAUAUAUAGCAUCCAUGGAACACCACACUGAUUGGGUCAACGACAUCGUACUCUGUUGUAACGGGAAAACGUUGAUAUCUGCUUCUUCUGACACGACAGUGAAAGUAUGGAAUGCACAUAAGGGAUUCUGCAUGUCAACCUUAAGAACACAUAAGGAUUAUGUAAAGGCCUUAGCAUAUGCCAAGGAUAAAGAACUGGUAGCAUCAGCUGGGUUGGACAGACAGAUAUUCCUUUGGGAUGUGAAUACUCUAACAGCAUUGACUGCCUCAAAUAACACUGUCACAACUUCUUCUUUGAGUGGGAACAAAGAUUCCAUUUACAGCCUGGCCAUGAAUCAGCUGGGAACAAUCAUUGUAUCAGGGUCCACUGAAAAGGUUCUGAGAGUGUGGGAUCCCAGAACCUGUGCAAAGCUCAUGAAGCUGAAGGGGCACACAGACAACGUGAAGGCAUUGUUGCUGAACAGAGAUGGCACACAGUGCCUCUCCGGUAGUUCUGAUGGGACAAUUCGCCUGUGGUCCCUGGGCCAGCAGAGAUGUAUAGCCACGUACCGGGUUCAUGAUGAAGGUGUUUGGGCCCUGCAAGUCAAUGAUGCCUUCACACAUGUAUAUUCUGGAGGAAGGGACAGGAAGAUUUACUGUACAGACCUAAGAAACCCUGAUAUUCGGGUGCUAAUUUGUGAAGAAAAAGCACCGGUUCUCAAGAUGGAGCUUGACAGAUCGGCUGAUCCCGCCCCUGCAAUCUGGGUUGCAACAACUAAGUCUACAGUAAAUAAGUGGACACUAAAGGGAAUUCAUAAUUUUCGGGCCUCUGGCGAUUAUGACAAUGACUGUACAAAUCCUAUAACGCCCCUCUGCAUACAACCCGACCAAGUUAUUAAAGGGGGAGCUAGUAUUAUUCAGUGCCACAUCCUUAAUGAUAAGAGACAUAUAUUAACCAAAGAUACCAAUAAUAAUGUGGCAUAUUGGGACGUGUUAAAGGCAUGUAAAGUUGAAGAUUUGGGCAAAGUGGAUUUUGAAGAUGAAAUUAAGAAAAGAUUUAAAAUGGUGUAUGUGCCAAAUUGGUUCUCAGUAGACCUAAAAACAGGGAUGUUGACCAUUACUCUGGAUGAGAGUGACUGCUUUGCUGCCUGGGUUUCUGCAAAAGACGCUGGCUUCAGCAGCCCUGAUGGGUCAGACCCAAAAUUAAAUUUAGGAGGACUUUUACUACAGGCACUUCUAGAAUAUUGGCCUAGAACACAUGUGAAUCCAAUGGAUGAAGAAGAAAAUGAAGUCAACCAUGUAAACGGGGAGCAGGAGAACCGAGUCCAGAAAGGAAAUGGGUAUUUCCAAGUGCCCCCUCACACCCCUGUGAUCUUCGGUGAAGCUGGAGGUCGUACACUGUUCAGGCUGCUAUGCCGGGAUUCCGGGGGCGAGACUGAGUCGAUGCUUCUCAAUGAGACAGUGCCACAAUGGGUAAUUGACAUCACUGUGGAUAAAAAUAUGCCCAAAUUCAACAAAAUUCCUUUCUACCUCCAACCUCAUGCAUCUUCAGGAGCAAAAACAUUAAAAAAAGACAGGCUCUCUGCUAGUGACAUGCUCCAGGUGCGGAAGGUGAUGGAGCACGUCUAUGAGAAAAUUAUCAACCUGGACAAUGAGUCUCAAACCACUGGCUCUUCUAAUAAUGAAAAACCAGGAGAGCAGGAAAAAGAGGAGGACAUUGCUGUGUUGGCAGAGGAGAAAAUUGAACUUCUGUGCCAGGACCAGGUUUUGGAUCCAAAUAUGGACCUCCGAACAGUGAAGCACUUCAUAUGGAAGAGCGGUGGAGAUCUCACUCUCCAUUACCGUCAGAAGUCCACGUGAAGGGUGGGCCCAUGCUCCUGGGUUAUUCAUCAGAUACCUUCCUCUGUGGCCCCAAGAGUAGUCCUAGGAAGCCCACCAAGCCCCAACCAGAGCAAGAUCUCUACCGGCCAAUUUGGUGUGGACCGAGAUUACCUUUCAGUUGAAGUGACUAAUGAAGAUGUAAUAUAGAAACCAGUCUCCACGCAUAGAUUAAGGUCCCCCAGGGACACAGAGCAAGAACAGAAGAGCCCCAAGCACACUGUCUUGCAAGAUGUACAGAGAACCUCCAGCAGGCCAGUACAGACCUCGCUUCUUCCUUUUCUUUCCAAGGACCCUAUCUUUGUCUCUUAGCACUUGUUAGAGAACAUCAGUGGGGCCACAUCUGUCACUGUGUUUCAAUCUCAAACCUACAAGCUCUGUAGUUUUUCUAAGAGUACAUUCCAUUCAUGCAGUACCUAUGAAGGCUUUUUCCAAGUUUGUCAUUUAAAAAGAAAUCAAGUUGUUUUCACCAUUUAAGAGUUAUUUUUAAUGGGAAUUGCUGUUGCACAAUUCAAAAGCCAGCCCAUUUCAUAAUAAAGGAUCAUGUAGGGCUUGUUUUUAAAUAUUGCAUCUCAGAUAUGUUCUUGUAGGAAGAUCUACUAAAACUCCAGGCACUGAAACACAGCACUGGGAUCUCCAGGCAGCAGCCCAUGUUUAACAGUGCUGCACCCAUAAUGACCUGGCUGGCAACAGCCCAAGGAGUGGCUGUUCUCUCCUUUCUCCAGUGUCCAGUCUGACUCACAGGCAAAGCCAGCGGAGACCAAAGCUCCUUGCCCUGGGUGAGCUGCAUGACACUGUCAAAACUUAAGACCAUAGUGAAAUUUUAAUUUUAUUCAAAUGCUACGUAAAGUUUAUGUUAUCGGAGUAAAAAGAUGUCAUAGUGAUGUUGGUUUGAUAUUCUUAUUGUGAAAGUAUACAUAUUUGUUUUUUCCAAAGUUUUCUAUGCAGGUUUUUGUUGUACCUGUAUCCAGAUCUUCUUUUCACUCUUCUUUCUAAUAAUCUAGAGCUUUCAUAGAAUCAUUUGGAUCUUGUACAGAAUAUUAACUUAUUGGGGAUAAACACUUCUACUUUUGGCAGAAAAUACUUUGGAUUCUUCCCAAGGUCAUUUGUAUUCAGAAUAGAUCUAUGGUCCACCCCCAUCAAACUACAGAAGACAAGCCUUGUACGAAGCCAGAAGCACAAGUGCCUUCAGAGGGCAGUUUAUUCCGGUCCAGUUGCCUCCCCAGCUUGUGUGUGGCCUGUCCCCACCAUAGCAGGAACUGGGGAGGGUGUGGGGAAGGCUUUUUCUUUUCUACAUCACAGGUUCCGCAGGGGGCAGCUGAUGGGCCAAGGUCCAUCCCUUACAAAUUGAGACAUUCUGACCCGCACAACUGCAGAACAGGGUUCCCUCACUGCUGGUCAGCUAUCUGUGGAAAGUGGACAGAUCAUCGCUUCCUGCACCUUAAAGAAGUGAGCAAAGACAUUUCCAAGAAGCUGAAAUGCUUUCUUUCUCUCUUCCUUACAGAGCAACCGGCUUUUUUUUUUAUUUUGUCCUUUUUACCUAUGUGUUGGAUACAACAGUGCACUUUUGGUGCAUAUUUUUUAGCAAUAGUUGUAAACUAAUAGCAAAAAGAAAAAAACGCAGCCCUUGUUGUGUAUGCAGGAGGGGCCUUUGUGCAAAGGAGUGGGUUGUACUGGGCCACUGGCCCUGUGCUGAGCCUUGGGUAGCUGUGCUCUCUCAUAGAUCUCAUCCCAGCAUGGUUGUACUUUUUUUCCCUCCAGUCAAAAACCAGUAAAAAAACAGUCUCCAGGAAAUCUGACAGUCUACAAUGCCAGAAGGGGAAAAGUCUGUAUUUCAGUUGUAUAAAAUAAAGGCUUUAGUUAAAAUA